UACCCAUUUGAACUCGGCCUGGCAGCAGCGUUCGUGUUCUCCAUGCUGGUGUGUCUCAGCAGGCUCUACACGGGGAUGCACACGGUCCUGGACGUGAUCGGCGGAGCGCUGAUUUCGGCCGUGCUGCUCGCGGUCCUGUACCCGGCCUGGGACACCAUCGAUCACCUGCUGCUCACCAGCCCCUUCUGCCCACUGCUCUCCAUCGUCGUGCCUUUUGCCUUAUGUUACAACUACCCCAAACUGGACUACUACAGCCCCACCAGGGGGGACACCACUAUGAUCUUAGGAGCGGGAGCUGGAGCGACGGUGGGAUUUUGGUUGGACAACCAGUAUGCCGCUCCGGCCUACUCCAAGGAAAGCUUCCAGCUUGGACUUCCUCUGAUCACCAGUAAAAUCGUGGUGGUCAUGCUAGCCAGGUUCUUCGUAGGGAUCCUUGUUCUCCUAGUGACACGCCAGCUGAUGAAGAGCGUGGUCCUUGGCCUGCUGGGUUACAGGUACAAGUUUCCCCUGGGUGACCUGGCAGCGCGGCGGCGGUGGGAGGUGGAGGUGCCCUAUAAAUUCGUAACGUACGCCGCGGUGGGCCUCAGCGCCACCGUGCUCGUGCCGCUGCUGCACGAGCUGCUGGGGCUGAUGUGA